AUAAAACAAGUCCCGUUAAAGAGGCAAACUUCUCCCAUAAACAAUUCUUCUCUCACGGACAUAUCCUGGAACAAAGAUGGUUAGCUUCAGCAAUAACGACGCUGUCUUCACAAUGACCAUUUCACUGUCACUCUCCUCGCCGUUCUUCUUCUUCUUCUUCCAACUCCUUUUCACCGUCCGGACCACCUCCUUCAGUCCUGUUGAUCAUUUCGCCGUCGCCUGCGGUAACUUAGGAAAUAUUCGGUCAUCGGAUAACCGGAACUGGACCGGAGAUAUUGGCUCCAGAAUAUUCUCUCCCAUUGAACCCCGCAACGGCCUCCACUCCGUCGUCGUCAACGCAUCGGUCAGAAAAACAGUCCCCUACGGCACCGCACGCCUCUCUUACUCUGAAUUCUCCUACUCAUUCCCGGUGACCUCCGGCCGGAAAAUCAUUCGCUUCUACUUUUACCCAUCUUCCUACGACCUCAACUUCCUUCGCUCUGACUCUCUCUUCUCCGUCAAAGCAAGUUCCUUACCCCUUCUUAUGGACUACAACGCUUCACUUGCCGCCGACAAAGCUGCCGAAGAAACCUUUUUCAAAGAGUACGUCGUCACCGUUGACCCAGGUCAGAGGCUAAAUGUAACCUUCAUGCCCAGUGUAUCUUAUGAAAACGCUUAUGCUUUUAUCAAUGGGAUUGAGGUUUUCUCUUCGCCAACUGAUCUUUAUUACCCCAACCUAGACAAUAUAAUAACAGGUUCCAAUCCUGUUUCACGCCCAUCUCCCUCACUACCAUCAUCGAAAUCAUCAAAGAAUGCAAAGAACACGAGGGUAAUUUUCAUUGUUGGAGGGGUAGCUUCAGGCAUCGUUGUGCUUUCUCUUAUUCUUUUGCUGAUUUUUCUGCGAUUCGCUAAAGGUUCAGUAAAGGAAGGAAAAUCAUGGUGGGGACAGAAAACAGUAGCCAUGUCCAAAACAAGAAAGACCCAAGGGACUUCAUUAUUGUCGUCUGAUUUGUGUCGUGUCUUUUCAAUAGACGAGAUAAGAGCAGCGACGAAUAAUUUCGAUGAUAUUUUUAUCAUCGGUUUCGGAGGGUUUGGUAAUGUGUACAAAAGCUACAUUGAUGAAGGUACAAUACCAGUGGCAAUCAAACGUCUCAAACAAGGUUCACAACAAGGACUGCAGGAGUUUCAAACUGAGAUUGAAAUGCUCUCACAACUUCGUCACAAUCAUUUAGUGUCUCUCAUUGGUUACUGCAACGAAGGCAAUGAGAUGAUCCUUGUCUACGAGUUCAUGGCUAACGGAACUCUACGUGAGCAUCUUUACAAUUCUGAUCACCACUCACUUUCCUGGAUUCAAAGGUUAGAGAUAUGCAUAGGUGCUGCACGAGGAAUACAUUAUCUACACACAGGUACAAAGCAUGCAAUCAUUCACCGGGACAUCAAAAGCACAAACAUAUUAAUAGAUGAGAAAUGGAUGGCGAAGAUUUCAGAUUUCGGGUUGUCCAAAGUAGGACCCUCGGGUAUUUUGAGAUCGAACAUUAAUAUAAGCACCGUAGUGAAAGGAAGCAUUGGAUAUUUAGAUCCAGAAUACUGCAUGUGUCAAAGAUUGACGGAGAAGUCAGACGUGUACUCAUUUGGAGUGGUGUUACUGGAGGUAUUGUGUGGGAGGCCUCCUAUUUUGCGUGCAGUGGAGAGGCAGCAGCAAAACUUGGCAGAGUGGGUUCGAAGAUGUGUUCACGAAGGUGAGAUCGGUCCUGCCGUUGAUCCAUUUCUCAGAGAAAGUAUGAGGCCAGAUUGCAUAGAGGCAUACAUUGAAAUUGCAUUGAAGUGUGUGGCCAAUGAUGGGAAUGAACGGCCAGCCAUGGGUGAUGUGAUGCUGGGCCUAGAGUUUGUAUUGGAGAUGUUGAGGAAUGAAGAGGAGAUUAGUUCUGAUGAUUGAUUGGUGGUGAUGGCCGUGUAAGAUGAAAAAUGUAAAUCGAUGUUAUAGAGUCCCUACAUUGUCAAUGUCAGAUAAUCUUCAUUAAUUGGCCAUAAAUUUGCUAAAGUCGACUCCAUGUCUUUCCAAUCACCGUGUAGUCUUUACAUAAUACAAAUACUCUAAAGAUGA